CAUCACAUAUUAAAAAAACAACUUGUCAAAAAAAACUUCGACGACGACGACGUCGAUGUCGAUUUGUUAUUUAAUUUUAUUCAGAAAUCGCUGGAAUUUUAAGCUUUCUUGUAUUUCUUGAAUCAUGAGACCCUAGCAUUGGUCACAAAAAUGAAUUUUCUAUGUGAAUUUGUGUUAAAAAGUGUAAAAACAUUUUGAAAGGUUCCUUGGAACCUGUGAGCGUCCCAUGUAUUUUUUAUGUUUUGAUAAAAACAAAUAAUGGCUUCGGGAAUGAACGUAAAAGUUUGGGUGUGUGACUUUGAUCUUGUGCCUAAUGUGAUUUCUUGUUCAAGUGAACUUACAGCUGAAGACUUGUGUAUUAUAUUGUGUAAGAAAUAUAAGAUAUCGCCACUUACACGUACGCUGUUCGCGCUCCGUAUAUUUGGGACGGAAUAUUUUGUUAAUGAUAAUCGCAAGAUAUUAACUUUGGAAGCCAGGGAGUUCGAGCUGAGGAUCCGCUUCAAGAUCCCUCGAGUAUUGGACCUCAUAGACUUGGACGAGGCCACGUUCAACUACUACUUCCAGCAAGUGCGCAACGAUGUCCGCGACAACAAGAUCCCCGAGAUCAAGUACCCACAGCACAAGGGCGAGCUGCUGGGCCUCGGGAUCACUGAUAUGUACCGUGCCAUAAUCGAGGAGAACAAAUCGCCGAGCGAUGUAGAGAAGAACUACAAGAAGUACAUACCGAAGGUCAUAGUCAAGAACCACGGGCGCGUCGGCAGGCAGAACGCGAGGGACCUGCUGCCCAGGCUCAUCGCUGAUGGGCAUAAGAUCAUCUACAUAAAGAGCCAGUACGUGAAGCAGCACUCGUCGAUGGCUCCUCAAUACCUGCGCGAGGAGUUCCGCGGGGUGACGUGGCGGGGGGGCGCGGGGGAGGCGGCGCGAGUCACGCUGCAGGUGGCGCCCGCGCCGGACCAGCCGCGCCUCGGCAUGUGCGACGCCGGCGAGUGGACGGACAUAUGCGGCAUAUCGGAGCUGGUGUGCGCGACGCGCGCGGCGGGCGGCGCGCUCACGCUGGACCGCCGGGACGGGCCGCCGCUGCGUCUGCAGUUCCAACAUACUGACCAGCUCUCCUCCUUCCUGUCUCUGUGCGACGGGUACUAUAGGUUAAUCCAGAAAUGGACGUACAACCUGUCCAUCGAUGACCCCACGCCGUCGCUCGUGUAUCUCAACCGAAUGCGGUGCCAUGGCCCUGUUGGGGGUGCGUUUUCGUACCGCAAGCUGCAAGAGAAGAGUAAGAACGCGAACGGAGCGUACAUUCUGAGGCAGUGUAAAGACGAAUACGACGUCUACUACCUAGAUGUAUGCAAAGACAAUAAACCAAAUACCUAUAGGAUAGAUUACUCAGACGGCCAAUUCACGUUGAUGGAUAAGAGUUAUUCGAACAUACGACAAUUGCUCGACGACUAUCGAAGUAAAGACGGCAAGAUUUACCUGGACUACUGUAUACCCCCUUCAGAGUAUGACGUGUCGCAGUUGCUACUGUGUCGUGAGAAACAAAAGAAAGGCGAGCACAUUGACCCCAAUCAACUACCAGAGAUCCUCAGAAACAAUCAGAGCUCCCUGUGUCUGAAACCAAACGACAUCUUCCUAUAUCCAGAUUAUGUUAAAAUAGGCAAAGGCGGCAUAACGGUUACAUCGAAGGGCAUAUGGAAGUUAGACGAGCAGAAGAAAUUAGACAUUGCCUUCAAAACUCUACACAAAGACAAAAUCAUGUAUUUAACGGAAUUCAUGGACUUAGCCAGCAAGUGGAUGUGCCUGCAGCAGAGCGCGAUCGUGAAGCUGCACGGCAUCACGCUGAGCUCGCCCACCGCCAUGGUGCUCGAGUAUGUGCCGUACGGGCCGCUCGAUGAAUAUCUCAGAAAAAACGAAGCGACCAUCACACUACCCCAGCUACAACUAGUGAUGGAGUCCCUAGCGCGAGCGCUCUGGCACAUGUCGGAGGCGGGGCUGGCGCACGGGCUGGUGCGCGCGCGGCGGCUGCUGGUGGCGGCGCCGCCCCCGCGCCUGCACGUCAAGCUUGCCUGCCCUAGUCUGCGAGCGAGGGACCCCACUGAUAUCCCGUGGAUCCCGGCAGAGUUGCGCCACGACCUGCGCCUGGCCAAGCUGACUCGGUCCGACGUGGGCGACAUCUGGGCCUUCGGGACCACGCUGUGGGAGGUCUUCUCUUACGGGAAGGACCCUAACGACUAUUUCCAGACUGAGGGCUUCCCGCUGCCGCUCCCUCCGCGCUGCCCCGCCGCCGAGUGGGAGCUGAUGACGCGCUGCUGGCGCCGCGACCCGCACCGCCGCCCGCGCCCGCAGGAGCUGCUGCGUGACGUCACGCGCCUGCUGGCCGCCCACCGCCCCGCGCCGCCAGAUUACGAGAGGAUUGAUCCCGAUCCACCUUGUUCAAACGGGGAUCCUCAGAAUCUCAUCUCCAUCUAUCCGAAGAUGGACCCUCUCAUUGAAUCGUCGGCUUCCGGACAAGACAAUCACCUGCCCGAGCCCAGCGAGCACCUAGUACUGUCGCCGCGAGCCAACAACGAGCCGCACAAGAUGUGUCGCUACAUCACGCCGCGCGGACAGUACCACUACUUCACCUUCUCACACGAGAUCGGGAAGGGUCACUACGGGCAGGUGUACAUGGGCUACUCCGAGAGCGAGAAGAACGUGCGACAAGCCGUCGCCGUGAAAACGUUCAACAAGAACGUCGGGAGUAUACCCAACUACCACCGCAACGAGCUCAAGAUUAUGAAUGAACUAUGCCACCCCAACAUAGUGGAAGUGAAAGGCUACUGGCACGACAGCGACUCCAGUUUCGGCAUAGUGAUGGAGUACUUGGAGCUGGGAGCCCUGAAAAACUAUCUACAGUUCGAGGGACACAAGAUCACCACGCAGCGCCGCAUCAAGUACACAUUCGAUAUAGCCACGGCAAUGGACUACGUGGCCGCAAAGAAGAUCGUGCACCGCGACCUGGCCGCGCGGAACAUCCUCGUGAAAGACCAGGACACGGUGAAGAUCGCGGACUUUGGGCUCUCGCGGCUGCUGCCCGACGCCGAGCACGACUACCAGCUGCAGAGCGCCCGCCUGCUGCCCAUGGGAUGGUAUGCGCCGGAAGCCGCCAAGCCUCCAUACAGGUUCUCGACCAAGAGUGACGUGUGGUCGUUCGGGGUGACGGUGUGGGAGAUAUUCUCCGGCCAGGAUGUGCCGGACCUGUCCAACAGACGCGACGAGGACCGCGCCAGCAGUUUCACCCACCCAGACGGAUGCCCGACAGAAGUCUAUGAGCAUCUCAUGAAGAGUUGUUGGCAGUUGGACCCCCAGAAGCGACCCAGCUUCCUAGACCUGUCGCGGGUCAGUAGCAAUCUAUUGGCAACUAAGCGCGACGCAACGACAUAAGCUGCCAAUACGGACGAAGCAGGAAAUAAUUCAGCCAAUAGGAUGGCUUCCCUGUAGUGCCAGAGCAUCGCUUGCCAUUGGCUUAUUCGGGUGCUUUUAAGCCGCAUACAUUUACAUUGGGAUAGCAUGGCGCAUUUAACGGUGGGUAAAUUUGUAAUCAUUUAAAAUUAUAUAAAUUAAAAUCGAUUAUACUGUGUGCAUGAAGUGGAUGACAGCUUCCAGUCUCUACAAUAUUACUGUUUGGUAUAUUGUAAUAUUCAAAUGCAUUUUCAUUACGGAAAAUAUCUAGGUACCUAAUUGAUCGUAUGUUAAUGAAUGAACUAAAAAAAAAACAUAUUAAAGAAUCUCAAUUUAGCCUAAUAAAUAAGUAAAAUAUAAAUUUACGAAUAGUUAAAAAAAAUAUCGAAGUUUUAAU